AAAGUAUAUACUGUAUAAUAUUAAAUCUAAUCUAAUGACGAUAUACUAAUUACGGAGUAUUAUUAACGCUUAAUUAAGAUGAAUGUACAAAGUACCAUAAAUCUCCCAUUUGGCACUAACUCUUUAGUCUUUACCAUUCCAUUUCCACAUGCCUUUGCUCUCACGCAUUGUAUAAUCCAAAAGCUGUCCCAAAACACUAAAUCCAACUUCCACUAUUCAUCCCCCACUUCACUAUAUAUUCCAAUGCUCCCUCACUUUUUUCCUACUAUCUUCUCCCACUUUCUUCUUUUGUGUUAUGGGCCUUCUCCAACUUUCUUCUUUGCUAAUUAUGCUUCUUUCACCAUUUUCUCUUACAAAUAUAAUCAUAAUAACUUACAACCCAUGACAUUUAUUCUUUUUCUUCAUUUAUUCACACCACCACCACCACUUAUGGCAACUAAUUCUUCUUAUCACUCUCUCUUUUCUUGCAUUGUCUCUCUUUACACCCUAAUUUUUCUUUACUUCCCUUGUGUUUUCGUAAAAUCGUUACUCUCUCCUCUCCUGGUCUCCACUCUAGUCCUCCUACUCACCCUGUUGCGACUAGGCACGUCGCAACAACUUAAGCAAGAACAACAGCAACAACAACAACAAAAUAUAGAUUUUGCCGAGGGUGUAAAGACACCCCGGCAAGUUAUAAUUCAAAACGACUUGGAACCUAAUCUUAAGCCCGAAUCCGGCCCGAUACAAGAAGAAAGAAAUGUUGUCAAAGCCCGUUCUACAACUGAGCCCGGCCCGAAACCGGAACAUCUCAAACAUGUAACGUGUGAUCCAGGUCGGUCAGUUGAGAUUAUUGAUUCGUUUGAAAACCAGGAGCACAAGAAGGAAAAGGGUUGGGCCGGGCCGGAGAGUUUGGAAUGGGCUGAGCCCGAACCCGAAUACGGGCCGAAGGUUUUCCUAGAUUGGGACGUGGGUGCGCCACUAGAGGUUAUAUAUGAAGCGUAUGAGGGGGAGGAAGAAGGAGAAGAAUCACAAAACGACGUGUUUUGUAAGGCGGGAAUAAUAAAGAGGUACCCAUCACUUUCCCGGUAUUACCCGGAAUCGGAAUCGGAUUCGGGUUCGGAUUCGGAUUCAUAUUCGUAUAGUUCUUCGUCAUUUGAUGAAGAGGAAAGAGAGGGGCUAAUUGAGAUAGCUCUAGAUGAUUAUGGGUAUAAUUAUGGUGAUAAGAAGAUGAUUAACAUGCUAAUCAAGCCUAAAUCAGGAGAUCAGAAGGCAGUUUAUCAUAAUUUUGAUGAUGAGGAUAAUUUAAUUGAGAUUGAAAUUAAUCCCACAAAAAAUAUGUCUGAUUUUCCUUGGUGAGUUUUAAUUUUAAUUUUUUGGUGGGUGUAGUUGUAUAAUUUAUUAAUUUUGGAGUUAAAUUAAAUUCUAGUACGGAAAUGAUGUUA